GCAGCAGGGAGGCAAAGUGGGCGGCGUGGCCCUUCACACACAGCACGGCAGCAGCAGCAGCACGGGAACAGAGAGGAGUGGGAAGGUGGAGCCACAGCAGGAGAGAGGAUGGAGGAGCGUUCCUAGAGCCCGUCGGAUGCAUAGAAAAGAAAACUUAAAUUCCACAUCUCUGGAAAAGGAUGCUGCAUAUGAAUCUGGGAGAGUAAGAAAGAGGGAUGACAACUUUGAUCUAUAUCCUGAAUCCUGAAUACAGUCAAUAAAUGCAUGAAGAUGUGAUGUCAUGGAAACCCAUAAAGUUAAACAAAGGACAAACUCAACAAAAGAGACAAUGCUAGAAAUCAUUUCUAGAGCUUAGUGGAAUCAUUUAUUUAAAUAUGGACCCUUCUCCACACCUUGAUCAAAUACUUGGACUACUAUUUUGGAGAAUGAGAACAGCGCUAAGGACUGUAGGGAAUAUUGUUAAUUAAUGGUUAUAGAGGGCUCUGUCACCAAGGAUUCUUUCGCUGUCUAGGGGGGAUUUGUAAGAAAUAAGCCUUACCAGGGUGAUUUUAUAUGUAUAUAAUAUUUUAUGUGUGAAUAUUAAUGUCAAAUAUUAAUGUCAAAGAGACAGGUAAAAGGACAUAUGCUUGGACAAGGAGUUGCCUGCAGUCUCUGGGAUCAAAAGAAUAGUUAUAAACAAAAACAGGCUCAAGAAAGAGCAAGAGGCAUCAGGGUAUUCAAGUUAAAUAGUUGACCCUGAGGUGGUAGUAUGUGACUUGACAGUUUCAAUACAAUAUGUAAAUGAAGGCGAACUACAGGUUCUUCUGAUAUUAUGCAAAGUGGUGAGAUCAAGAAUUACAGGAUCUCAAAUGCCCUCCUUUGUAUAUGGUGCAGGAAUGUUAUGUCACCAAACAAGAAAUGAGUGUCCGCCUGGGCUUGUGUUUCAUCAGUUUAGCCAGUUGCCUUGUGGGGGUGAGACUAUAAAAUAGUAAAAAGAUGAGUCCAAAGUACAGUCUGGAGUUUUGUUUUGGGGAACAGACCUCUGUGUACAGGCAUCCAUCUCUGAACAGGAAUUCUGCAAACCCAGAGACUGAAGUGCUGUCCAAGGACUGGCUGCAAUACAUUCACUGGAUAUAGUUUGCUGUGUGAUCAUCAUCUGAACACUGCACAGGAUGCGGAAAGCAACAAGCAAGCUUUAUUUUCUUAUUACCUUUGUUUGUGCAAUAUCUGGAUUUCUGUUCCAUUAUAAAAGUAUACUUACCCUUUCUGCACAGAACUCAGUCACCCAAAACCAUCGAAGAGAUACUGUGCAAUAUAUAUGUCACAAAAACAAUAUGACCAGCUCCCAGUGGAAGAUAAAACAUUCAGUUGCAAGGCAGUUGUAUGUAGAACACACUCAUAAGUUUAUUUACUGUGAAGUGCCAAAGGUGGGCUGCUCCAACUGGAAGAGGAUAAUUCUUCUUUUAAACAGCAGUCUUGGACUUACUGUAGAUGAACUAAAACAUAACAAUGUCCACAUCUCCCCCUUACUGAGAAGACUAAGUUUUUACUCCUGGAAAAUGCAAGCAGAGCUCCUUAAUAAUUACACCACAGUGAUGUUCACCCGAGAUCCCUUAGAGAGACUGGUUUCAGCUUACAGAGACAAGUUUCUCCAUGAUGAGUUGUAUUACUACAGUAAAAAGGUGGCAAAUAGAAUCAAGAGCAGAAUCAGAAAAAAUGGAAAUUUAACAGAAAGGCUGAGUUUCAAGGAGUUUGCUAGCUUUAUCGUCUCAGAAAAUGCAACUUAUAGAGACAUUCACUGGACGCCCAUUAUGGAACUAUGUGAUCCAUGCAAUAUCCACUAUGACAUUAUAGGCAAGUUUGAAACCAUAAAACAAGAUGCUGCCUAUGUACUGAGAUCAAUCAGAGCACCGAAGAACCUGGAGUACCCCGAUAUAAAGCAUUACGCCAAUGAAACCAGGACCAAUGACUUAAUAAGCAAAGACUAUUUCAGAUCCCUCCCCAAAGAGCUAUUUAAAAAACUCAUGAAUGUUUACAGAUAUGACUUCCCCAUGUUCGAUUACAAUCCUUACAUUUAUUUACAAAUUAAUAUUUAAAUGGGAAGCAUACACAGCUAAUGGCUGGAUUACAUUUAUAUUUCUAAAUAACUUCUGUUUAUUUAGCAAGUAAUUAUAAAUUGUAUUUUUGUGCAAGUUGAGAAUGUUAUCUUCUCAGUGUUUUAAUUGCCUUCAUAAAUAAUUAUCAUUUAAAGGUUAAAAAUGCACCCUGCCCAUAGAAUUACAUUUAUUUUAGAAAACUUCAGAGGUACCUGAGUAGUCAGACAGAAAGGCAAAGAAAUAUCUUGAAGCACAUCACGGAUUAUUCUUGUUUUUUAUUCUCUACAUUUCACUUUUAUAGUUUUUGUUUUACAUUUUUUAAAUUUUUAAACAAGAAAAACGAAAUAUACUGAAUAUACUGAAUUCUCCAGCACCCAUUUUUAAAAAAAAACUCGUAACAUGAAAAUGAAAUAAAAUAUUUUCAAAAAAAAAAAAAAACUCGUGGGACAACCAUCCUCAUAACUUUAGAUUGGUCAACUGUUUAUACAAUCUUUU